AUGCUCGCCCUAUAUCAGGAAAGUAAUAUAGGCAAAUUGGUGCGCAAGAUAGCCACUCUUGAAAUAGAGCCAGAUCCAUACAUGAUCAAAUCCCGCUGCCUUGCUUUGAUGCAACGUUAUCGGCGCACUCUCGAAAACUACAAACGUCGCCAUGUUGCUGAAUUUUACUACAAUACCGAUACCCCUGUCUCUACCAUUUCCGAUGCUCCUGCUUAUGAGUCAGAAGAAUCUAAUCCGUUUGUAAUCCUUCAAAACGAUAUUGAAACUGAUAGCGAUUGUGGCGAAGAGGACGUCGAAGGUGGUGGGGGAACAUAUUUUAUAGUAUAUGAUGCGAGAGCUUGUGAAGAUAACGUUAAUGAGGAUAAUGAUUAUUAUAACGAUGUGAAGGAGGAGGGCAAUGAUGAGGCACUGCGAGAGGAGGCUAUUGUUGUAAAACAAGAGAGUAAUUUUGCUGGAUAUAAUGAAAGCAUUGAUGAUGUUGUGGAGGAGGUUGAUAAUAAGGAUUUCUCGCUCCCCACUUAUGAUUUGACAAUGGACGUUGAUAGUCCGAGGGAUGCGCCUUUGAUUGUGGAUGAUCUGGAGCUUACACCAGACAAGCUUGACUUUACUGUUGGCCCUCAUGGAGAUAAGACCACCAUCACGUUCGUUAUAAAGAAUGAAGAUCACACUCUUGGAAAUGCAUUAAGAUUCAUGAUAAUGAAAAAUCCCGAAGUCACAUAUUGUGGUUAUUCAAUACCUCACCCGUCAGAAGCAAAGCUUCACUUGAGAAUUCAGACAACGAGCAACACAGAUGCAAUAAGUGCUCUCAAAAAAGGGUUACUUGAUUUGGAAAAAAUGUGUAGACAUAUACAAAAGGAGUUUACAAAGUCUGUUGAAGAGGGAAACUAUGAGUGUGAAGUCGAAGCACCAUGA